AUGAUAAAAACUAAAAAUGUUGUAUUAGUUGAAAAGAUAAAUAAUUCAGAUUGGCCAAUCUUUAAAUGUAAUGAACCUAGUAAGACUUAAUUCUGGAAUAAAAAAAUAGAUUAAAGAUUUGAAACUAAUUAGAUAGUCAUAAGAGAAAAUCUAUUAAGAAUUGGAAAAAAUAAAUAGGCUCCUAAAAAAUAUGCAUUCUUAUUAUUAAGAUCUGGAUUAUUAAUGUAUUAAGACACAAAAAUAAAAGGUAAAAUUGACUUAAAUCUUCAAAUAUUAAUUAAGAAAAUUGAAUUGAUAAAUGAAGAGGAUCAUAAUAAAUAAAAUAUUGUUGCAAUACGUAUUUAGAAAUAUGAGAACUGUCAUAUUUAUAUUUGGAAUCCAGAUAAUUAGUAUUUUAAUUCAUUUAUUUAAAGUAUAGAACUAGUACUUUAAAUUGGUAUAAGAAAUUAGCACAGUUUUGUGUUGCUCAAAACUUUGAAGGUUUUUAUAAAAUCAUAGAGACAAUUGAUUAAGGUGCUUUUAGUUCUGUGUUUCUUAUUUCUCCAUUGAUACCAGAAGAAUCUAGAAAUAGAAAAUUAGCAGCAAAAAUAUAUUCCAAAUGUCUUUUAUAAAAGAUUUCAGGGAAAUAGAUGAAAGUAAUUUAAAAAUUAUAAUGUUAGGAUUUUGUGACUAAUGAAUGUUAAAUAUUAAAAUUGGCAAAAUCAGAUUAUAUUGUGGAACUAUUAGAAGUAAUUUAAUUAGAAGAUGUUGUGAUCUUAAUUUUAGAAUAUAUUUAAGGAGGUACAUUAUCAAAUUUGUUAAAAUAAAAUGAAAUCCAUGAAUUAAUGUCUAGUGAAAUAUGUCUAUAAAUUAUAUUAGGUUUAAAAGAAAUACAUAGGUAUAAUAUGAUAUAUAAUAAAAGAUGUGGUUAUGUACAUAGAGAUAUAAAAUUAGAUAAUAUUUUAAUAGCUUAAUUUAAUCCAAUUUAAAUUAAAAUUAUUGAUUUUGGAUUUGCUGAAAAAAUCAAUAAGAAUGAAUUAAUAAAUAAGUAAGGGACACCUGGUUAUAUUGCACCUGAAUUAUUUGACUUAGCCCCAUACACAGAAAGUUGUGAAAUAUUUAGUUUAGGCAUUUUAUUUUAUAUCUUAUUGUGUGGAAACUUUCCAUUUAGAAGUACUAAUUAUGAAGGUAUGAAUCAAAAAAUUUAAUAGAAAAGUUUUAAUAGAAAGAAAUAAAUAAUGUUAAAUCAGAUUAUAAUUAGAUGAAUGGAAAAAUAUCUCUUCUUCAGCUUAAAGAAUGGUAUAGAGAAUGCUCGAGAAAGAUCCAAUUCGAAGGAUUACUUUUUCGGAAUUAACAAUACUUUUAGAAUUACAUAUUAGUAAUUUAAAAUCUAAAGGAUCUCAUUCAAGAUAAAAUCUCAAUAUAUUAACUAAAUCAACUAAUAUUAGAGGAAUAACAUAUGAAAUAAUUGAAAAAUCUCCUAGCAAAUUAGCUUAAGCAAUCAAAGAUUAUUAUGAUGAUGAUAUUGGUGUAGAUGAAAAUAGCCUUAACAAUUAUAAUUUAUAGAAUCUAUAAUAAUCAUGCAAAUUUUAUAACAAUUAAAAAUGGGUAUUUUAAUGA